UUGAAAAAAGAUGUGAUAAAUGCGCAAAUUUGUUGAUGGAACCGGAAGAUUUUGAUGAGACGUUAUCAGAUUCCUCUCCAAAUUCUCAUAUUAGCGAUCAAACGUAUUAUGAACCUGACGCAAAAGAUUUUGUAAUACGUGAUAGGUUCAAGUAUAUACAAACUCAAAAUGGUACUUUGUUAGAUAAUCAACUUUAUUUUAGUGAUAAUGAGUUGAUGAUGGAUGAUUCAUCAUCAUCAUACAAUUUGAAAGUCACAGAUUCUUUACGUCUCAAAGAAAAUAUUAUUAUCGAAUCGAUUUUAAACAAAUUCAAGUUACGUCAUUAUACUAAAAGACGUAAGAUCGAAGAAUCUGUGGUAUCUUUUCCUUCACCUGAUAUUGUUUCUGAGAAUAUUGAUCAUACUGAGAAUAUUGAGGAAGAAAGCGCUUUAGAAAAUUAA